AUGGCCUCAAACGAGCAGCAGCAGCAGCAGCAGCAGCAGCAGCGGUUUCGCUCUCUUCUACCUGGCCUCUUUUCACCGCACUCAGAACUUCCCGCGGGAUUAGAUCUCGGUAGCCCACAUGCACUCUUUUCACAUGUCGUCACGGAUCCCGUCUUCAAAUACUUCAGUGACUCCAUAAACGAGUAUGCUGACUACAAGCGAUCGAAAUCAAGCAAAAUUCGCUCGUGGCAGACAACCACUGUAUCAGAAAUCAAGGUCUUUUUCGGCGUCAUACUUUACAUGAGUGUUCCUGAAUUCCCUACAAUCAGCUCACUCUGGCGUUCGGAGCCCCGCCCAGGGCCAGACGAUCAUAUGAGCCACGAACGGUUUGAGCAGAUCCAGAGAUUCGCGCAUAUUUCUGUACCUGGAGGUGAUUCAGAUCGAACCGAGUCGGGGUCCGAGGACGACACAUCUUGGCGGGAGACAAUAGCACCACUGGCGGCUCUUUUCGAAGAAGCGGCUAUGCACUUCGAAGAAUCAGCGGCCAAAAUCUUUAUGAGUGGAGCCAUGACCCGUCGUUUUGGCCAUUCGUCUCAGAAUUUCCAGUUGCAGUGCAAGCGCUGA